GUAGAGAUGAUUUGGGUAUUGUGGAGAAUUUGAGAGAGAUAUGGCUUCUUUUUGAGUUAAUGGUGAUGAAUCUAAAGUGGAUGAUAUAGAUCCUAAAUUAUGAUGAUCUAAGAAUUCUGGGAUUAAGAAAGGAAAUAACUCUGACCAAGAAGAAUCUCUAAAUUCUGACAGAGAAGAAUCUUCAAAAACUGAAUCUAAGGAAUCUUCCAGACCAGAGCUAGAGGAGACUGUUAAAUCAGAAGAAAAGGAAUCCUCGAAGCCAGAGCAAGAAGAAUCUUCAAAGAUAAACCUUGAAGAGUCUCUAACGAUUGAUCCAGCUAUGCCCUCAGAAACCCUGGAACCUUCCUCUCAAGAUACAAAGCCAGAUGAGCCAAGUGCUACAGACCCUGAACUUCAGCAACCUGAACCUGAGACUCAGCUUGAUAGCUCUAUAGAAUCUCCUAUAGAGUCUUCUAGCCCGAGAAGAUCUCCUAAUAAUGAGAAGAACAGCUUUGCUUAUAAAUUUAGAAGAGCACCUUAUUUUGAGCCUUUGCAAGUGAUUGUGAGUGAAAUUCAGAAAUUUUCAGAGUACCUUCCAAAAAUCAUAUUUUAUUUUAAAGAAAAAUCUGAAAUAUCUGAUAUUUUGACUGAGAAAGUUAAUAAAGAAUUUGCUUAUGAUGAAGGACACCAAACUUCAAAUACAGAGCCAAAGCUCCAAGAUAAAUCUACAAACAAGCAUAAAGGCUUAGUUAAAGUCUGCACUGGCCCUGAUUUAGUAUAUUUUGAAAUCGGCCGACAAAUGUCAGACUUUGGUACAAUGAAGAUAUUCACUGAUGAAGAACAUUUCUUCAGCAAACCCUUUGCUAAAUUUUUCCACAAUAAAUACGAAGUUACUGUUGAAGAAACCUUUGAGAUUCAAGGUGUUGAUGCUCUUGUUGAGACUUUUGAAGAAGUCACUACAAAGCCCAUGAGUCUUGCUCCACACAGCGAGGAUUUUAGAAAACAAAUGUCGAUAAAAAUUGAAAGAGCUAUAUCUAAAAUCCAAGAUAAAAAAAGAAGAGAGGAAGAUCAUUUAAUGAGUUGAUGCUAUUUUAAUGACACCUGGAGGCCUCAACCUUAUAAUAUCAUGGUCAAAAAGCUCCCAUUCUUGACUCCAUCGAAACUCUUAGCGAUGAAUAUAUUUUCCGAAGCUGAGUUUAAUAUCAAAGAGAUAAAUAAUAAGACACUGAUUGAUGCAAAUUACAAAGAGUUUAUGAGACAUUUCUUGAAGAAGUUCUACUUGACCUUCAAAGAAGUCCACACUUAUGAUGCUAAGAAGUUCAUCAAGAAGCUUGAAGAGAUCAUGGAGUGUCAACUUACUGAGUUCCUCAAUGCUCUCAACAAAGAGAUGGAUGAUAACAAAAAGCAUGCCUUUUUCCUAUUCAUAAGGAACUAUCUUUUUGAUAAAAAGAUCAUUUCAGGCCGCCUUAUGCAUCUCUGGGUCACCACUGAGAUGGGCGAUUCUAAAGAAAAGAUGGCUCAAAGCUUUAAUGUUAAUAUAUGCCUUGAAGAUUUGGAAGCUAUGAUCACAGAUUUGGAUAAAAAUACAUCCAAGUUUGUUGUGAAAGGUCAUCAACUCUUUGGCGAAAUCGAGACCUAUGCAAUGACGUGUUAUUAUAUUAUCAAGUUAUUGCUGUCGAAGAAUUUCUCUGGAGAGGAGCCUCCAUAUAGGACGGCUAGGGAGAUGAUCAAAGAUCUACAUAAUGCUUUAAAAAAUUAUUAUAACAGUAAUAAUGUCACGACAGAGGAGAAGGUAAUCAUCAAGAAAGAUCAUAAAGUCAAGUAUCUUAUAGUAGAGAUCCUUAGAAAAAGAGAAGUUUGGAAUUAUGAAUUCGGCAAAAUGUGAAUCAGUCUUCCGAAAGCUCAUGAAGUUUUGGAGAAUAUGCAAGACAGUACUUUUGAAAUUAAGAAAGACCAAAUAAUUAGCGAUAUCAAAUCUGUUAUCAGUGAUGAAAGUAAUUAAAAUUUUAUCAAAAGAGCAAAGGUUCUUGCUAUUCUCAGAAUAGAUCGGCCAUCACAAACCCAAUCAGGAUAU